UCCCUGACUUGACCCAGAAAAUCGUCAGUCGUUUCAAGAUCUGAUGCUGCAGUCUUUGUGCGCGCCUCUCUGCCCACGAUGACGCGCGGCCCCGCGGACUACACGCACUGCUGAGCCUCCCCCGCCGCGACCCUCCACCCUCCCCCCUCCAACCCCCCUCCCCGCCCCGCGCCGCAGCGGACUUUCCGCCACCGGACCGAGCCCGAAGAGGAGCAACUUCAACCGGGGCUGGGAAGCCGAACACGGAGGCAUGGCAGACCACCUCAUGAUGCCCAUGAAUCACGGUUCGGCCGGCGCCGGUCUCCACGGUUACCGGAUGGGCAUGAACGGCCUGCAGGCGGGCCACCAGCCGCACGGCACCCAGCAGGCCAUGCGGCCGCUGCCCGGCGGACAGAUGAUGCAUUACGGCGGCGCCCAAGCCGGCAUGGAGACGGCCAUGCGGCAGCGGCAAGGCAUGGUGCCCAUGAGCGGCGGCCAAAUGGGCCACCACCACCACCAGAUGACCUCCGGGGGCAUGAUGUACAACGGGCAGCAGCAGCAGCAGCAUCAUAUGCACCAGACCCAGCAGCACCAGCACCAGCAGCAGCAGCACCAGGCCCAACAGAACCAGUUCAUGAACGGGGGCCUGACGUCCCAGCAGCUCAUGGCCAGCAUGCAGCUGCAAAAACUCAACACCCAGUAUCACGGACACCCGCUGGGGCCCAUGGGCGGGAACCACAUGGGCCCGGGGAACCAGUACCGCAUGAACCCGGCGCAGCUGGCCAACAUGCAGCACAUGGCGGGCCCGGCGCUGGCCCUGAACGGCAUGGACGCGGACAUGAUCGACGAGGAGGCGCUGACCUCGCUGGUCAUGGAGCUGGGUCUGGACCGGGUCCAGGAGCUGCCGGAACUCUUCCUGGGCCAGAACGAGUUUGACUUCAUUUCGGACUUUGUGAGCAAACAGCAGCCCAGCACUGUGAGCUGCUGAGAGGACCGGACUGGACCGGACUGGACUGGACUGGACCCCCCGCCCUUACCCUCAUGAAGGUGGACCAUAGAAGGAGGUGCGCUGGACUCUUUUAGGACCACUGAAGCAAGCCGUGGCGCCGGGCGCGCAGAAGGAGAACUCUGGCUUGUGGUCUGGUUGGGGUGGGGGGGGGGGGGGGGUGGACCUCCCACUUCCUGGACAUGAAUGUAAAAAAAGAAAAAAGAAGUCACAAAGCCACUGGGAACAAUGCCACUGUGUUUCCUCCCCGCCUGGACGUCCUCCAACAAGGUGUAUUUAUUUAUAAUCCAACGCAGACAACUACUGGGGACAAGUGCUUUUUAAUCAUUUGAAUUAUGGAGACCAAUUUUCAGUUUGAUUUAUUUUUUUUUUUUUU